AUGUCUGAAAACCACGCGAUAGUGUUUGGCGCCAGUGGAGUCAAUGGUUGGGCUGUGGUGAACGCUCUCUUGCAAGGAUAUCCAUCCGAGGAUUCCUUUGCAUCUGUCACAGCAUUGACACACAGACCACUUAGCUUGCAAGACACAUUAUGGUCGAAAUCACCCAAGCUAGAUCUCGUCAGCGGAAUCGAUCUGCUCGCCGACGCAAAUCAAGAGACCUUAGAGGAUGAGUUGAAAAGGAAGGUGGCAAACGCCGACAAAAUAACCCAUGUCUACUAUUUUGCGUAUAUCAUGGACGCCGAUCCGAAGGCGGAGGUACAUAAAAAUACAGAGCUAGUGAAACGAAGCGUGCUUGCCAUCCAGAAUGUUUCGUCCCACCUCAAGUUCGUUGUUCUUGGGACUGGGGCCAAAUCAUAUGGAUCUCACCUUCUGGAGCAAUUCCCAUUCCGCGAUCAGGUUCCGCUCAAAGAGUCGCUACCGCGAAUGCCCGAACCAUUCGCAUCGCAGAUAUUUUAUUAUCACCAAGUCGACCAGCUGUCUUGGAUUUCCCAGGGAAAAAGUUGGUCCUUCUGCGAGCUGAUGCCUAACCUGGUUGUCGGCUUUGUACCUCACAACAAUUAUUAUUGCAUGGCCCAGAUACUUGCUACAUAUCUGGCUCUCUACGCCAAGAUAAACGGCAAGGGUAGUGAAGUGGUCUUUCCAGGGACACAACGAUCAUGGGAAUGUUUGUCACAGGACAGCAGCCAGGAUAUCAUAGCAAAGACGGCCAUAUACGCAUCCCUCCACCCACAAGAAACUGCAGGACAACGGUACAAUGUGACAGACAGCGCUAGACCGGCGUCUUGGAGUGAGAGGUGGCCAGUCAUUUGCGAGUACUUCGGGUUAAGGGGCACAGGCCCUCGUGAUGGUGUUGCCGGGCCCGUACCGAACGAGUACCUAGUUGAGCACUACAAUGAGUGGAGGGAACUGGAAAAAGAAGAGGGCCUUAAGACGGGAAGAGUUGGCAACAACAAGAGCUACGGCGACUUUGCGCGUAUUAUGAUGACCUUAUGUGAUUUAGAUCGACAGUUAGAUAUGAGCAAAACUCAUGCGAUGAUGGGCAGUGCUAAGGUCGAGACGGACGGCAGAGGAGCUUGGUGGACGGCAUUCGAUCGCUUCCGUCGCGCAAAGAUUAUUCCAUGA